CAAACAACGUUACGUUAGAUUACUUUUUAUACUAUCUGCGUCGUCCUCUUGUUUAGUCAUGUCCGCUUGUGACACUGACACUAAAGCGUAGCACUGUACAGUAGUGGAGAGUAUAGUAUAGUUUGGCCACAAAUUUCGAUAGUUCAAAGUACGAGGAAACACAACAUAGUCCAAACAAAGAAACAAAGAUUUGUGUUGAAAAAGAAAGAAAAUGGGGAAUAUCGAAAGCCGGAGAAGGAGGCGGCGCCACCCCACUCCACCACCACCACAACAAGAGGCAAACACAAACUACUACUUUGCACCUCGUCUUCCUUACUACCCCAACACCCUUCUUCCUCCUUAUCACUACUACCCUCAACAACCACCUUCCCUUCACCACGAGAAAGCUGUCACCAUCAGGAAUGAUGUCAAUAUCAAGAAGGACACUCUUCGAAUGGAGCCUGAUCAACACAACCCUCACCAUUUUCUUGUCACUUUCACCUUUGAUUCCAUUGCUCCUGGAUGCAUUACAGUAAUGUUUUUUGCCAAGGAAACUUUAGAUGGUAAGCUGAUAGCUGUAAAGAAAAGCUUGCUCAAACAAAUCUCAAUGCCUUUUCAGCAAGGUCUUUGUCAGAAAUUCAGACAACCUUCUGGAACUGGCAUUGAAAUCUCAAUGUUAGAGGAGACAGGACUGACCAAAGUAGGUGACACAGAAGUUUAUCCUCUUGUGCUGAAGGCUGAGGUUCGACCAUUAAACCAUUAUGAAAAUGAGGGAAACCCAUCUUCUCAAAUUACUUUGGCUAGUUUUGGAAAAAGGGAGAGGGGUGAGUACAAGGUCCAAGUAAUGAAACAGGUUCUCUGGGUCAAUGGGAAGAGGUAUGAACUGCAGGAGAUAUACGGCAUUGGGAAUGUUAGUGAUGGUGAUAGCCAUGAAUCUGGUGGAGAUUGUGUAAUUUGUUUGUCAGAACCGCCAGACAUAACUGUCCUACCUUGCCGACACAUGUGCAUGUGCAGUGGCUGUGCUAAUCUUCUGAAAGUUCAUACAGCCAACUGCCCCAUCUGUCGGUAUCCAGUUGAGAGGCUUUUGGAAAUUAAAGUAAAUAAUGGAUAUGGUGUUGCAAGCUGCAAUCAAAACAAUAUUACCAUAUACUUGUAUAACUGAAAUUCCCUGGAUUUGUUUUUGUACCAGUUAUGGACCAGAGAGGAAAAAAAAAACAGUGCAUGAGUCUUGUUUGAGGAAUGAGGAUGAAAUUUUUCCAUAUUGCGCAGUGCUUGUAAACCAUUUGCUCAUCGUGUUCUUGACGGAGCAAUGAUUAGUUGUAAUUUCAAACUCAAACAUAUGGGGGUAGACACAAAUAAUUGGUUAAGUUUAUAUUCCAGAAUCCUUUUCUUAGACAGCUUGAGAUUUGUGGUUUGAUUAAUGAAAGGAAUUUCAAGCAGUC